CCAGAAGUGAGGAAACGAAACCUAAAGGCGACGCUGUGUUUGGAGUUCACUGCGCUGUACCGAAGAUCUUCAUUAAGCUGUAAAUUCUGCUCGAGCAUCUCUCACAUCCUUCAUCAUGGCAGAAGUGACAGACAGUGUGGCUCUGCUGAGCCUCGAGGAUGAUCUGACCUGCAGCAUCUGCUUGUGUCCUUUUGAUGAGCCGGUGAGUCUGAACUGUGGUCACAGCUUCUGCCGCGGGUGUCUCGAAGAGACGUGGAACAGUGCAAGCUCCUACUACUGCCCGCACUGCCGUGCACACUACCUCACCAAGCCAGAUCUGAAGAAGAACACGGUGCUCAGUGCGGUGGUCGACACCUUCAGGGCCAAAGCUGGUACUGGAGCAGGGUUAGACGGAGGUCCAGAUGCUGGCUUCGGUGCUGCUGGUGUGCCACGCUCGCCACGUUACGAGCCCAAGCCCAUCAUGUGCGACAUGUGCAGCGAGGCCAAGGCAGUGAAAACGUGUCUGACUUGCAUCACAUCGUUCUGCGCAGAGCACGUGCGCCCUCACCUGGAGAACCCGCUGUUCCGUGCGCACGAGCUGUGUGAGCCGCUUGCCGACCUCGCGGAACGGCUGUGUCCUGAGCAUGGGAAGCUGAUGGAGUUCUACUGCGCACGCCACGAGAGGAGCAUCUGCAGCAGCUGUUUGCAGCAGAGUCACAAGGAGUGUGGAUUCUCCACUCCCAAUGAACAGCGCAUGAAGAUAGAGUCUGAACUGCGGGACAAGCUGAACAUUCUGGACGGGAAAACGGAAAAGAACCAGCUGGUCAUAACGCAGAUGAGGGAGCAGCAAGCUAAGCUCAAGGAAAUGGCGGUGGUGCGUAAGCGCGCUCUGGAGGCGGAGUAUCAACAGAUUCGGGAGAUGUUGCAGAGGGAUGAGCGAGAGGCCUUGGACAGUCUAGAUAAAGACCUGGAGAGCGGCAUCACCAAGCUCAACGCCCUCAUGAAGAAAUUCAACCAGAAUAUCGACAAGAUGAGCUCCACCAGAGCUGAGAUCAACAACCUGCUGGCCAAAUCCCACUCUCUGGACUUCUUACAGGCGUCUGUGGAAAUGCCCUCUGUGGUGAACUUUGACCCUUACUCCCCACGAAUCAACCUGGACUCCAAGCGUGUCAUCGCAUACCACUCCAGCAUCAUUGGCCUGAAGGAGCAGAUUAAUAAAAUUCUGCGUGAGCCCGUGGACAACAGGAUUUCCCUCCUCAAACCAGAUUUGGUAAAGCCGGUUCCUGGUGAAGGUGAGACGAGUGAAACACAGAAAAGUGAAACACAGAAAAGUGAAACACAGAAAAGUGAAACACAGAAACGUGAAACACAGAAAAACAAAAUCGGUGCUGCUGGAGCUUCGGUUAAUCUGCCAAACCCGAGGGAAACUGGUUCUACCCCGAGUGAAGACCCCCAAACCCCGAACUCCGGAUUUCAGCCCAAGGGUGGUCCUGGAGGAGCGAGGAGGAAACCUCAGCCGAGAGACAAAAGGGAGAACCGAGAUCACAAAGAUCACAAAGAGCACAAAGAUCACAAAACAGAAAGGAGAAAAGGUCCUGGCAAAGGAAUGAAUCCGGCAUUGUCCAAGAGCAUGGAAUUUCUGGAUAAUCUGAAUACAAGACCUUUUGUUGCAGCUCCAGUCGAUAUGAGUUCAGCAACCAUCGGCGCUGCUACGAGAAGCGAACUGUUGAAGUAUGCCGCCACGCUCACCUUUGACUUCCGGACAGCGCAUAAACGAGUGGCGCUCUCUGAGAACAACACCAAGGCGUCCGUAUCGGACGAGCCGUCUCCGUAUCCAGACAUCCCUCCUCGCUUCACCGUGUGCUCACAGGUGCUCUGCGGUCAGGGCUUUUCUCGCGGCCGCCAUUACUGGGAGGUCAAAAUGAGCAGCAAUAACUUCUGCGGCUUGGGUCUGGCAUAUGCCUCCAUCGAUCGCAAAGGUCCUUCCAGCCGCCUGGGCCGUAACGCCCAGUCCUGGUGCAUCGAGUGGUUUAACAUCAAGCUUUCAGCAUGGCACAACAGCAGCGAGAAGGUGCUGGCCAACCCGAACCCGAGCCGCGUAGGCGUCCUGCUGGACUGCGAUAACAGUACUGCUAUCUUCUACAACGUACAGGACCGUGCGUACCCCAUCCACACCUUCGUCUUUCCUUUCUCCGAAGCCGUGUAUCCAGCAUUCUGGAUCUUUUCCAGCGGCUCUUCUAUUACGCUUUGCAAACUAAAUAAUUAACGGCGCUUUAUAACCGUGUAGCGGUGGUGGGCGACGUAAGGGUGUAAAUGCCGUUAAAAAAAUAGAGCCUGCAUUAAUCAGCAAUUUGUGUGCUUGCUCUAAAACAAAUCCCUAUACAGUAUAUUCCUGAGAUAUGAAAAAAAUUAAAAAGCUUUAAAAAAUAUUUAGUGAUAACUAUAAACAAACUGUUUGAAAUCAAUGGUUGUGGUGAUUGUAGGACGUUAUUUUAUGUUUUGUUGAUUCUUAUCAAAGGGAAUCUUGAAUUUUAUUCACAAGGAGCUGUGAAUAGAAGAGCAAGAGAGUAGUUACCCUCACGUUCACACUAGCAAACAACAUUUAGAAGCGACAUUCCAAUCGAGAUUUUCUCAAUUCUACACAAAUUAGGUAUAACAUGUUAAACAAGCGACAAACGUAAACUACCAGCUCGAAUGAUUCCUCAGACCGACCCUACGGUGAGCAUGGUCCGGUGUUUCUUCAGUUCCACACUCACAAAUUUAGUUCCUACCUACAGUUAGUUCCUAUUUACUGUUUGAACUACAAAACGUAUAACUGCCGUUUCAUUUUAUCCAGAUAUACAUUAUGACCUCUCAUUAAUGUGUAUAGAGACGUUACGAAGAAAAAUACAGUUUGGAAGGAAGUAACAGAGAUCGUUGUUGCCUCUGGUGAGUGUACUUGGCUAGUACAGGUAGCAUACUUUGCUAAUCUAAUCCUAUAACAAAGCUGGUAUGCAGCAGAGUAUUUAACGUAACUCUACCAAUUUUGGAUUUUCACACUGAUUAGUGCAUUAUAUAAACUGUAUAGAUAUCAAAAAUGCUGAAAAGCCAUGCCCACAAGCAAACUACAAGGGAUACAAGUGACUUUUCACUUUCUAGUGUGAAUGUAAAGUCUGCUUGGACUCGGAAUAUCGUUUCUGCAGAAAAGCCAAUGGUGAGGAAGUCAGGCAAAUUAGUAAUCCAAAGCUUUCUGAAUGCUAGAAGUUUGGAUGCUUACUUCUCUUAUAUGGAUAAGAUAUAAUGCUACUGGUUUAAAGCAGUAUUCAUUCAUAUAUCUACAUAUGUAUAUUUCAUCAGUCGCUGGCCUGCAGUUCAUUGCUGAUGAUCAGCUCUUGUUUGUUCAUUGAGAGUUGACUCAUACGCUUCACCCUCCACAAACAGGUUUUAUUGCCAGUAGACAAACCAGGGCGAAGUCUACAGCUUGCGUGCUUGAGAGCAGAAAAAUAAAUAACCAGCUCUGGUGACGGUGAUCGUGAAACAUCUCUGGAAGUGUGGAAUAUGGGAAUCUUACUUCACACGUCCGUGUUUCACAGUUUUACAUCUCUGGUGUGAAAGUUGAGGUGAAAGUGAAAGGUACCUUUUCGGCAUUUUAUUGCCUUGAACAUAGGGGUGCCAUUAUUUUACACACACACCCAGGAGAGACGUUGCAUCCCUUAAAUCAAGAGUGAUGUCACAUUUAAAAAUGGAGCACAAACAGGCAUGUGUCGAUGUUCAAUUUUUGUGUAACAGUAAUAAAAACAACAACAGCGACAGCUAUCAUGGAUUAGAAUGUCCUCAAUAUCAUUAGAUUUCCUAAAUCAUCUGGUAAACUGUAUGGAUUGGGUUCUCCAAGACAUUUACCCAGAAAUUUUGUAUCCUGACCUCUAAAUAGGAUGGAUUUCCCUUUAGGUAAGGUUCCUAAGUACACGCUUAGAAGAUUUAGCAGCCUUAAAGGUUCUUCGGUUGACCCUCUGGGGUUGAUGAUUCCAUGUAAAACCCUAUAACAGAGGGUUUCCCUUUUAGAGCAGCUUCCAAGUAGAGGAGGAAUGGUUUAGUUAGUGCCAUGUAAUGUACAGCUUUAAAACAAAUAAGGAAAUUUCUAUUGUGAAAAUGUAGAACCCUUAAGGGUCCUUUGACUGUCUCAGUUUCAUGUAGAACCAACAGGGGUUUCCUUUAAAUAAAUGGUUUAAUUAAUGGUUUCCACCUACACUACACUCUUUACAACCCUGUGGGGAAACCCUUGAUGGUUCCAUGCAUGUAGAGAGUUUCUCUUUAAAAAAAAGGACUCUAAGUUGAAGCACUUUAGGAAAUCAAUAACUCUUAACUAUCGAAAGAAGCCUUAAAGAACCAUUUUGUUUCUAAGAGGAUAGAGGUGGAACAAUUUAGCUUUUUCACCAUGUCAUGUAGAGCUUUAAAUCAUAUAAUGAAAUUUGUAUCACACUAUUAGAUAAUGACCUGGUUUGUCUAUCUUUUUAGGAAGCAAAGAACCCUUCAUUAUCCAGUGACCCUUAAAGUGUAGAAGUGGAGUGGGGUAAAGAAGGUAGAGAAGAUUUAGCUUGAUUCUGUAAAACUUUUUGUAAAAAAUAAUAAUAAUAAUAAUAAUUUUUUUCAUUAUGCUUUUACAAAUUAUAGAACCUUUAUGGGCUUUGUGUGCAGAACCCUACUACAAAACUGAUUAGGAAGUGGUUUAUCUGAAGUACAACCUUUUUAGGAAGCUAAGAACCCCUAACUAUCUAAGGAACCUUUAUUUCUAAGUAUGUAGAUCCCAAUUGGACAGUUAGAUCCGUUAAGGCUGGUGAAGGAACAACUGUCUGUAGCUGCUACCACUCUAUACAUGGACUCUUCCAACAUGCUUAAAUGCACAGACCUCAGCUUUGGAGUGUGAUGAGAUGAAACGAACUGCUUUAUGUAACAUGACUGUUUUUGUAUUGAUAAUGUAUCGUAGAAAUGUCUUCAAGUAUUGUGAUACAGUAUUUUUAUCGUAUCAUCGCCUAGUGUGGAGUAGAAACCAAAAUAGUGUGUGUGUGUGUGUGUGUGUGUGUGUGUGUAUGUGU